CACGCCGUCGCCAUGUUUUGUCAUUAUGGUUCCGGCUCCGCGUGCGAAGUUGCACAGAGCAAUAGGCAAAUAGGCGCCAUUUUGGUCUAAAGUAGUCUCAAAUUUAAUUCAAUCUUCUAAAGAAAUUUGAUAAAGUUCACUGAACACGUGUAUAUUCCUCCGGAAUCACUAUAAAUUGAAGAAAAAACUAAACCGUAUGGAAAUGGAUGGGCCACGAGGUGGAUUCCGAGGUGGUGGUCGCGGCGGCCCACCCGGUCUCAGAGGCCGAGGCGGAUUUGAUAUGCGUGGACGUGGUGUUCCCGGUAUGCGAGGCCGCGGUGGCCCACCACGAGGAGCUCUUGGACCACGUGGAGCACCGCGAGGGUUUAGAGGACCCAUGCGCGGCGAAAGAGGUGGUCGUUUCCCACCUGGACCUCAAGGCCCUGGUCCACAUCCAGUACCUACGAUAGAAACUAGAGUUGGUCCACCACAAAGAGGAGGUUUCAAUAAUAGAGGAGGCCUGGGUGGUAUGAGAGGUCGAGGCGGUCGAGGUCGUGGUGAUUUUGGACCACGAAAUGAUAGAGGAGGAAGAGGAAUGCCUAUGAGAGGUAGAGGUGGCAGAGGAGGUCCAGGCGCACCACCUUUAAAUGGUCCACCAAUAGGUGGUCCUCUUCCACAUCCAGGACCACAUGGACCACCAGCACCAAUCCAAAGCGGCCUUCCUAACAUCCUACCAAGGGGAGUGCCUCCAUUGCAUCAAUCAAAUGCACCACCAAACCAGUCACAGGGACCACCGUUCAAACGUGGUGGAGGGCCUCCACAUGGCGGAGGUGGGCCACCCAAAAGAGGGAGGUUUGACGGACCACGUGGUGGUGGAGUGAGGCAGCCGCCGCCUGGCGCCUACUCAGUACCACCAGCACACAACCCGCAACAGGCCAAUGGCUAUGGACCCCCAGUGCACACAGGUUAUCAACAAUAUGAACAGCCUCCUGCAGAGCCGUUCCCACCGCCAUCAUACAAUGCAUCAAGCUCGUAUCAAAGCGGCGGCAACUAUUCGGUGCCGGCGCCUGCUCCUGCCAGCUCCUAUUCCAGUAAUUAUGGAUCAAACUAUGGUUAUUCCACUAGCGGACAAGGUUACGAAAAUAAUGGAUACAGCGCCGGCGCAGCAGGUGGUGCCGGUGACGCAGGGUACGGUGCCGCGGAGCCCGCGUACGGCGGCGCCGCGCCCGCAUACGACUCGUACUCGCAGCCCACGUACUCCUCGUACCAGCAGCCGCAGCAGUACACCAACACAUAUGGCAGUUGGUGAUCUCUUUGACUAUAAUGGAAAGUAUUUGCGUCUAUUUGCCACAAAAAAAAUCGUAGCUGCAUCAAAUAUUUGAAGCUUUGGAUUCAAAUGUGUAGUUUUUCAUAAAAUGUAUAAUUAAGAAUUAGGUAAGAUAAAUAUAAUGCAAAUUCUAAUAAUAAUUUCUCUCAAUUUUCGUAAAAAUGUGAAUAAACUUUAAAAAAUAAAGCAAACUUUAAAGAAAGCUUUUGUUACUCCUCAUUUUUUGUAUAAUUAUGUCAAUCUCAAUAAGUUAGACAUGUUGGUUUUCUUUAUACAGUGACCCAAUGUGUGAGGAAAGAACUACUUUGAUGUAUUUUGUGACCCAAUAUGUUAGGAGAGGAUUACUUUUAUGUAUUUUAUUUGACAUUCUUGUAAAAUGGUAUGCAAAUACCAUGCUAAUUAGAUGUAAGGACGCAUUUCGUAAUAAAAUUAUGGAAGAUAA